AAAAACAAAGGCCCUACCAUGUCGGCGACCUCAAAAAUCGUUUUACUGGGUGCAUCCGUAAGUUCCUUGGGCAUUAUAGGAUAUGUGCAUUACCGGCAAAACUACGACAGAGCGAAGCUGCACGAAGGAGUCAUACGAGACGUUCAGCGACAACAGCAGAGGAAAAUCGAGAACACCUACAAUUUACAGCAGCAAAUCGAACGCACCAAGCAACUGAGGCAACAAUUGGAACAAGAGGAGCAAUCCACAGUACUGAUGAAAACCCAAUGAAACAACUCGUUAUC